AUGACAGAGUGAGUGCAAUCUUUUGAUUGGCGUGGGCGCUUCAAAGCGGCACUCACAAUGUUGAUCUGCAAUGUCCCUGGCUGCUCAGCGCUGCGGAUGACCCUUGGGCCGGUCACGUCCGCGGCUCGACUCCAGAGCCAGCGAGUGUGGAAGAACCAGUGAGCGAAUCUCUCGCGUACGCACCUGACACACGCGUCAGACAGGAAGAGCGUCUGGAUCCACUCUCUUCUCUGUCCGAUUUUGCGCCGCCUGGUUCUGCUGUCUCCGAACCGGGCGGAAUUGCUGUGUCGCAGCUUGUCGCAGCGUCAACCGCAGACGUUGAGGAUGAGCUCGAGGAAGGCGAAAUCCGCGAACCCUCGAGCGACACAAUUCUCGCCAAUAGUGAUACAAUCUUCGCCAAUACUGAAACUUCAAAUGAACCUAUCUCUGCCGUCACCGAAGAGGGACAGGGCAAUUCAGAAGAGGAAAGCGAUGAGGACGAAGCAUUCGUGUACACCGGUGCCAGUUUCGGGACAGCUGUCGCAGAUGCCGCAUCAAAUCGUACUGGCGCUGAGGAGCAACUAUCACAUCAAGUGGCCAGCCUCAAUGUUGCUACACCGACCAACGAAUUGUCGAACCCGACUCCCGUAGCUCAGUCUACGGCGCUUCAAACGCCUUCGGCGCCAGCAAUUCCUGUCGACCACUUGCAGCUUGCAUCUCUGGCGACCUCUGGCCCUCUUUCCGCCCUCAAAGCGUUUUUCGCCCAUGCUUCCUCAGCAAAAGGUGGAAGCCAUAGCGCUUUCGCUCUUGCAAAUGAGCCUAGUCCUGCCUCUGGGCUGGUUCCCUUGCACUACGCUGCAAAGGAGGGAAAAUCCGAGAUUGUCCGGUGGCUCGUCGACGAAGCCGGCGCCCUUGCUGAGCUGGAAGAUCGAGAAGGAGAGGUAAGGCGCGGAUGGCGUACCACAUACGUUGCGUUGAGCUGACACCUCGAUGUCGCCCGUUUGCAGACCGCGCUUCACAAAGCUGCUCUCGCCGGCAAGCUACCCGUCAUCUCGUUCUUGCUCACUCAUGGCGCCGAAGCGGAUGCCAAGGACAAUGAUGGCUGGACUUCUUUACACAAUGCCUGCUCGAGAGGCUACUUGGACAUUGUGCGAGUCCUUACAGAAAAUCACGGUGCCAGUGUGGAUGUCAAAGGAGGUAGGGCUGGAUGGACGCCGUUGAUGAACGCAGCUGCUGGAGGACAUUUACCUGUGGUGCGCUACUUGUGCUCCAAGUGGAAUGCCGACCCUUUUGCGCGCAACGCCGCUGGCGAGACGGCGUACGAUGUGGCAGCUGCAACCUUCGAGACUUUCGUCUCCGAAGUCUUGGAUAAGUACGAAACGGAGCGUUGGGCCGCGCUGCGCUUUUCCGGUCCCCCUCCCGCCGGGGGCGUCCCAACCGGAUCUGCUCAAGGCGCAUACAAUCCCCUCAGGCUUCACACGACGGUUCCCAUCGUUUUGCACGAGAACCAACGUCUAGACACUCGAUUGUCGACCUUGGCAGUGCACGGCGGAAAGCCGAGAUGGAGUGGCACGAGCGCUGGUCGCCCCCACAAACCAGAUCGAAGAGCGCCCGGCACCAUGCCACCUGGCCCACUUUCUUCGUCCCGAUCUCGCAACAUACCAAUGAGGAGAGAAGACGUUGGUCUGCCCACAAGGGAGAAUCCUUACAAGCUUGUGCUUCCCACACGCAGCGAGCAGAUCGCAGCUGCGCUUGCGCGAAGACAGGGAGGGCAAAAUGGAACGAACGGGAGCGCUGCGCCCGAAGAGUUAGGCAGCACGCCGACCCCACAGAGUGUCCUCAGUGCUCGAGCAGCUGCGGGCACGGGCGAAGCAGGAGCAAGAGAUGUUCCGCCUCAAUCUGAACGCAGCCACUUCUGGCUAUCGGACUGGCAGACUGAUCUGACUCAUCCAUUGGUGGACGCAGACGAGGGUUGGCAAUAUGCGCAGUCCUUUGACGCGCCUGAUGAGAGGUGGACAGCCGCCAUCCCGCCUCCGCUAUCUAGGAUACUGGAGGGCAAAGGCCUCGGUGCGAGCGUCAGCAGGGCUGUCACCGGCGGACUUCUGCCCGGACCUGGUCAGACGAGCAUCAAUGGACAUGGAGCUGGACACGAGCAAGAGGCCGUAGCGACGGGCUGGGUGAGACGAAGGAGAUGGGUCAGGGUUAUGAGAAGGAGACUCGACAUUGAGAUUGGAGACGAGCUAGAAGCUGCAGAGCUGGCACACUUUUCUGCGACUCUGACUGCUACAGGAAGCACAAACGGGCCUUCGGGUCGUCCUGGUGCUACUCUCUCGUCGGUUGCUGUGAUCGAAGCCGAGCAAGCAGCACGGGAAGCGUGCCUUGCUCUUGGUCCGUCUGCCGAUUACCUAGCCAGAUCUAAGGCGUUGGCGGGAGAAUCGGCAGCUGCUGGAUCCACGCCUGCCGACGCCCUCGGAGAAGGCGUGGAUGAGCUGAGAAGACGCAUAGCUCGACUCGACCUGGCCGUUGCGGAGCUGAGAGCUUCUGCAUUCAGCGAUGAGGAUGCAGACAGGCGAUCUCAUGCCGAGGACAUGCUCAAGGAGUACACGUUGCAGCUUGGACAGCUGAGGCAAGCUGCUGGUCUGGAGGAAGGAAGCGAAGAUGGGGAUAGCGACGAAGAUGAAGACUUCAUCUACCCUAAUUCCUACAAAGAUGAUGGACAGUCUGUCAUCACUCGUCUUGGUCCAGCCACUAGCAUCCCCACCGGGGCUCGCCCGUCUUUGUUGAACAGACAAAGUAGUACAGGUGCCUCGGUCUUUGGAGCUAUUGCACCUUCGGAAGCUGGCACGAGCAUCACUGCCAUGAGAAGCGCGGAUCUGGCCGCCUCGAGCGAGUUCCGGGUUCCGCAGAAUGAGCGUCCGAACAGACCUUCAGCGGCUGGUGCUGCGGUACACGCUCUUCGAGAGCAAAAUCUCGUUCCUACAUGGCAGAGCGACAGCGAUGUUGCCGAAUGUCCCGAUUGUCAGCGAAAAUUCACCUUUUUCCUUCGCAAGGUGAGUCUUGGGCUCUGCUCUACCUGCACACAUGAGCUAUGAUGGCUGAAUCAGGUAUUCACCAUCUGAAACUGAAACGUGUGAUAGCACCACUGUCGUCGGUGCGGACAAAUCAGAUGCGACCGUUGCUCCUCUUCUCGGGCGGUGUUGGCCGCUUCGGAGAUUGUCAUCGAUCCGGGAGUACCAGAGAUGCUAUUCACAGAGUCUAGCGGUCCCACACGUAUAUGCGAUCAGUGCAACGCCGAGAGACAAUUGCCGCCUUCCAUUGGUAGCAGGGGCGGUCUAUCCAGUCUGAACGGUGUCGCUGGCAGCCAUGGGCAACUAGGCGGAACGGCAGGCUUUGGAACGCAUACUGAACUCAACAAUGGCGGUUUCAAUGCAUCUUCGGGCAUCAGCGAUGUCAGCUCGAGAGCUAGUGAGCUCAAUGAGUGUCCAGUCUGCAACACCACCUUGGCUAGCGUAGGCGACUCUGCAGCGCAAGAGGAGCAUGUUCGCGUGAGUCUGGCCUUUCCUUCCAAUGGCGUAUCAACGAUGUGGAGAGCUGACGGUCUUGAUUCCUCUCGUGACAACACGCAGACAUGUCUCGAAAAUGGCGGAGGCGGAAGCGUGCAGGGUGGUAGAUAUCUCAUCUACAAGUUGACUGACGGUCCCAUUGUGGGCAAAGAGUGCAUCAUCUGUCUCGAGGAUCUUCAGCCUGGCAUGACCAUUGCGAGAUUGCCCUGUCUUUGUUACUACCAUCGCCAUUGGUGAGUGCUCGAGACGCGCCUUCGCGACUGCGCGAAUCAGCACAGCUCACUGUCUCUUCACUACUGUCCAUUUCUCGCCCCCAGCAUCGACUCGUGGUUCAGUCGCGGAAAGGCCUGUCCCACUCAUGCUCGCACCUGGUAG